GAAUGAAAAGUUUUAUACUUGUUGCGACGAACCAUAUUUGGACAUCACAUUUAAUAUAACAAUGAGAAGGAAGACGCUUUUUUAUACUGUUAAUAUAAUAAUACCGUGCAUGGGAAUAUCCUUUUUAACUGUAUUGACAUUUUACCUUCCAUCGGAUAGUGGAGAGAAGGUUACUCUAUCUAUUUCUAUUCUUAUUAGCCUUCACGUGUUCUUUCUUUUGGUUGUUGAAAUUAUACCGCCGACGUCAUUGGUUGUUCCGUUGCUGGGAAAAUACCUUAUAUUUGCCAUGAUACUUGUGUCCAUCAGUAUCUGCGUGACGGUUGUUGUUUUGAACGUUCAUUUUCGUUCACCUCAAACUCAUAAAAUGGCACCCUGGGUUAAGCGCGUCUUUAUUGACUUUUUGCCAGCGUUUUUAUUCAUUAAAAGGCCGACGUACAACUUCGAAACAAGUAAAUUACUUUUAAAGGACACACAUGCUUGCUUUUACCCUUAUUAUUCUGCGACAAAUAUUGAUCGACUCGUGUCUUCGGGAUACAACAAUAGUCUGCCAAAGGAAGAGUUAUCGCAAAGCAUUACGGCGAAUGGACCAUUUGGAGGAAGCUGUCAGGUUCAUGGUCCAGUUCCGCCACUCACGCAUUGUAGUUCAGACGAAAUAGCUGCCGUCCCGGAUAUGGAUAUAGGAUCUUUUGGAAUGAAAAGUCCCAUUUUAAACAAUCCAGCAUUUUCCCAUUCCAAAUGCCUUCCAAAAAUUCACAAAAGCUGCUUUUGUGUGCGCUUUAUAGCAGAGCAUACAAAAAUGCAAGAAGACUCAACUAAAGUUAAAGAGGAUUGGAAAUACGUUGCUAUGGUGCUGGAUAGACUUUUUCUGUGGAUAUUUACGUUGGCAGUUGUAGUUGGGACCGCUGGAAUAAUUUUACAAGCUCCUACGUUAUAUGACGACCGCAUUCCAAUUAUUGAGCAAAAGGACUUGGAUUUCUCGGGAACAUCAGCCGGACGCUGUAGACCUCCUCAAUAACAUUAUUAUAUUGGCGGAAUUUAAUUUAAAACGGAGGUUUAUCAGAUUGGUACAAUAAUAUUAUUUUUACUAAUAUUUUCUGCAGGAAAACAUGUUAAAAAUCAUAAAAGUAUUGACGGCUUCAAGAAACAAGUUCAGUAUCCAAUUUUUUUAAGCACAUUUAGAUAUUCAAAUCUGUACUAUUGGGUCGUUAACUGAAUAGUUUGUUUUAUCACGACAUUUGGUUUAUCCUUGUAAAUGAACACGUUAUACCAAUUUACUCCUAUUAGCCAGCUCUUGAAAUAUUAUUCUAUGAAUUGUUUGAAUCGCCAUCCAGUACGAGGUACGAGAUUAAAGGAUUAAAUUUAAAAAUUUUAAUAUUGAAACAGAUCUUGCAUAUGGGAAAGAGCACACAAUUAAACUAUUCCAGAAAGUGUUCAGCUUUUUCAAUAUAUAUAAUAGAAAAGCGAUAGAGUAUAAAGUCAGUUGCGAAUAAGUGCAACCACCCGUUACUCGUAAAAGAAAAGUGUAUACUAGAUUCGUUGGAGUAGAGUGUAAUAGGUACAGGGCAACUCGUUCUACCCUAUAAAGUAUAUUAAUUUCCAAUCAGCACUCCUGGCCGAGGCGGUCUGGCCGUGUCCGUUUGUCAGUCUGCAUAAAGGUCGAGAUGUCGCAGGCAAGGUUGUUAUUCACGUUAC